AUGAACAAUAACAGUAACCAGGACGGUAUACGUGACGUACCGACCGAUGGUAGCAUUCAAAGUACAGAUAGCAACAACAAUUUUAAUGAACAUAACGCGCCACCAAAUAGAAACACUAAUAGCAAUAUUACUAAUGACCAAAAUAAUAUGCGUAAUGUGUUCAGCAAUAUAGGUACUCCAUCGUUCAGUUUUUCUCAGAUACCACAACAUGUAUUACAAUCGUUAACACCACAACAACUGAGGAUGAUUCAACAAAGACAUCAACAAUUGUUGUUAAGUAGAAUUCAACAACAACAACAAAUGCAACAACAAAAUAAUGCUAAUGUAGGGCAACAAAAUAUAAACGAUAACGCUACUGCAAAUAGUAGCCGUAACAGUAACAACAACAACAACAAUACUGCUACUAAUAAUAAUGUACGUGCAGCUAGCUCAGGAAUGAAUCAAAUGGAUGCGCAGCAACCACAAUCACAACAGUUGCCACCACAAGCACAAGCACAAGCACAAGCACAAGCACAAGCACAUGCACAAGCUCAAGCUCAAGCACAAGCACAAGCACAAGCACAAGCACAAGCACAAGCACAAGCACAAGCACAAGCACAUGCACAAGCUCAAGCACAAGCACAAGCACAAGCACAUGCACAAGCUCAAGCUCAAGCACAAGCACAAGCACAAGCACAAGCACAAGCACAAUCACAAUCACAACAAACCCCACAAAAUAACAAUCCUAUAAAUUCACAACAACCAGGUAUGAUCAACCUGCCACCUCAGAUAGCUCAAUUGGCAUUGCCAGCCCAAAUACAGGUUUUAAAUACAUUAAAACAGCAAGCAGUGUUGAAGGAAAACCCUGCUGCAGUUACUACUAUCACAAUGGCACUUCAACAAGUCCAACAACGUUAUCAACAACAAUUGGAACAAGGAGAUUCUAUGAUGCAAGGAAACAUGCCUAGCGCAGGUCAAUCCAUGAGUAACUCUCCUAUGAAUGUUCCUGCUCCUCAAAAGAGCGCACCAGCAGCUAAGCAGACUGCAACGAAAAGGAAACCAGCUCAGAAAAAGGCAAAUGCAGCUACGUCACAUGGAAAGGGUACAAAUUCCCAAUCUACAGCAGCUACCAAGAAAGCAGCAUCUACUGAGACUCAAAAACCUAAAAGGAAGACAAAACCGAAAACACCGAAAACUCCAGCAAAUAUACAAGCUCCAGCACCUACUGUUGUCGGAGAAACAUCACAAAUGAAUUUACAAAUGCCGUUACCUGAAUUAGAACUUCCAAAACUUGAGCUUCCUAAGUUUCAAACCAUUAAGUAUGAUCCGAAGGAAUCGAAAUUACCCACUACUGAUUAUUGGUCUUCAAAAAGUGAUAACCCAUCUACUGACACUUUACUGUACGAACAAAUAAUUAAACGUGAUGAACGAUUUAAAGAGGAUCACAGGAAGGAAAGUCAAGGGUAUGAACCAUUUAGCAUAUAUGGAUUCAGCAAUAAAGAAUAUAUUGCCAAACAGUUCCAUAUAUUAAAAUACUACCAGGAUUUAAAGAAUACAAGAAUGCAAAGUAUUACUUUGACUUCAAAAAAUAUUCCUGCUGCAAGUAUAUGGGGUACUGGUUAUGCAGGUUACGGUAAUGGUAACACAAAUGAAGUGACCAAUAUUAUUCCUGAAUAUAUACCUAAAGGGAUGCGUAAGAAUGUGUUAUUUGAUGAUGAAAUUGUCUACAAGGAUGCUAUGUCUGAUAAUGACUACAAUACAAGAGAUCAACUUGUCCCAAUUAGACUAGAGUUUGAUCAAGAGAGAGAUAAGUUCUUCUUAAGAGAUACGCUUUUGUGGAACAAGAAUGAUAAACUUGUCAAUAUCAAUGAGUUUGUGAAAGACAUGCUAAUGGAUUACAGAUUUGAUGAAUCUUAUGUCAAAUCACUAACACAUACUAUAUCACGUUCAAUUAAGGACCAAAUUUUGAAGUUCCAACCAAAUCCAUAUAUUGAAUUGAAUCAAUAUCGUGUUGGCGGUGAUGAUCUUAGAAUAAAGAUCAAACUCGACAUUGUUGUGGGGCAAAAUCAAUUAAUCGAUCAAUUUGAAUGGGAUAUAUCCAAUACAGAAAAUGAUGCUGAAGAAUUCGCUGAAAAUAUGUGCCAAGAAUUACAAUUACCUGGAGAAUUUCAAACUGCUAUCUCGCACUCCAUAAGAGAACAAGUACAUAUGUAUCAUAAAUCGUUAGCAUUAUUAGGUUAUACAUUUGAUGGUCAAGCUGUUGAAGACGAUGACAUCAGAAGUAGAUUAGUUUCGGUGAUAACAUUGGACGAUAUCUUUAGACCUCAAAGUGAGACUAAAAUCUACACCCCUAACUUGCUUCAAAUCUCUGCUGCUGAGUUAGAGAGAUUAGACAAGGAUAAAGACAGAGACACAAGACGUAAGAGAAGACAAGGCCGGUUCAAUAGACGUGGGUUUGGAUUGAUCACUGCCAAUAGCAAUGCAAACCUUGCGGGUGAAAGCGUGGGUGGAUCUACAGGUUUACUAAGUAACAGUAAAGCUAACGUACCUGGGAGUGCUUCUGGGAUUAGUAAUGGUGCCGCAGGGGCAACAGAUAUUCCAUUACCUGAUCUUUCUGAUCUACCAAGAACAUUCCGCACACCUAUACCGACCACUCUACUACCGGGUGGUGUGGACUUUGGUCCAUCUGUGAAUUCGUAUGAUUUAGAUACAACAAUAGAAUAUAAACCAAGACCUGCUGGUCCUAAACCACCUCCACCUCCAUGCUUUAUCAUUGACAACAUACCUGGUAAAUCAUUGCUUCUUUGCAUAAAAAUGAAGAAGAAAGAGACUGAAACAAAAAUGCUGCCCGAAUCAUCGAUAAAUGUGAAUAACGGUCCACAGCAGAUGAAAAGAGUAGGAUCAUCAGAAACAAAGAUGUCUAACCCAUCAAUCGUCGCAACAAAUACCAUUAGUUCCAUCUCAGAAAAUUUAUCAGACCAGACGGCUAACUUACCGCAGGACCCUAACCAAAUCACAUAA